CACUUGUAUUGUCUGUUAUGAAUUCGCUCAAUCUUAUGUAGAUGUAAAUAAAUACCACUUGAUACAAAUAAACACGAAAAUCCCGGAAGAUUAUUAACAUGUUUUUUUUUUGGGGGGGAAAUUCAUACUAUAUGUGUACUAUUCCAAAUAGGGAGUAAUUUUCAUCCCUCUAUCGACUGAAGACAAUAACAACUCAUUGGUGAUUUUGAGUCGGACACGUCUUGGUAUCAAUUUUCAGGUGUUACACUAGCUACCUGCGUAGGAUGAUAAAUCGGCGGCGACCUAGAAGAUGCGCGCGGAAUUUGGUCCUGUUUGUGAUCACAGUAGCGGCCAUUGUGUAUUUCAAUAUCCAGUACAACUGGCCAGUGUUUCACGUGUUCCGAAAUAAAAAUGUCCUCGCUCCAUGCAUUUUACCAAAAUUUGACGUUUAUGAUCCACAGUUGGACCGAUUUUUCUGGAGCCAAGUUCCUCUCAAGUGCGAGACAUGGGAAAAUCUAGUCUUCAUCGACUCUAAUGGAAUGUUACGUAUUAAUCAGACCGCCAUAACGCGUAGUGGACAUGGUCAUGUGAGUUGCAAAUACGGAAAAAUACAACUGCACGGGGACCACAAAGUAAGCAUAGGGGAUUUAAAGGAAUUUAAAGAACCCGAGUAUAUUAAUACUGAUUUUAUUAAUGUGCAAUGUAUUAAUGAUGAUCAAGAACAAAUAUAUAAUAACCUUCACAUGCAUGUUGAUAUCAAAAGUAUAAAGAAACAGAGAGAAAUCGGAACGGAAAACAUGGACCAGUUAAGUGUCUACUUGUUUGGGAUUGACUCGAUGUCGAGACUCAUUACGGAAAGAAAAAUGGAUAAAACCAUGGAAUAUUUAAGAGAAGAACUCGGUGCCUAUGUUCUCAAAGGAUACACUAAAGUUGGUGAUAAUACAUAUCCUAAUCUACUUUCGCUAUUGACAGGACUGAAAGCCUACACCAAGGAAGUGCCCCCAGGACUAGAUAACGUCCCCUUCAUAUGGAAAAACUUCUCUCGUAAGGGUUACAUCGACUUACUGUCGGAAGAUCAUCCGGGUCUUGCGGCAUUUCAGGGAUUCCAGACCUCUCCCGCCACACAUUAUUUACGGCCAUACUUCAUGGCUAUGGAGAAAAUUGUUAGUCCUCGAAGUGCACUCAACAAUGCCUACAUGUUUGUUCAACACAGAAACUUCUUGCAAAAUAACAUCUCUCCGAUGUGUUUUGGGAACCAGCUUAAGCAUAAAUAUGUCAUGGAUUACACACUACGAUUUGUAGAAACGUAUGGAUCUCACUUAAAGUUUGCAUUUACUUGGAUUAACGAAAUUACUCACGACUUUAUCAAUAUAGUUGAACUGGCGGACGAAGACGUUUUGGAGCAUUUCAGAUGGCUGAAAGAAAGUAAGAGACUAGAAAAUGCUGUGCUGAUAUUUUUUAGUGAUCACGGUCCAAGGUACAGCGAAAUGCAGAAUACUGCAGUCGGCAGAAUAUCAAACCUUCUCCCACUCUUUGCAAUGGUGCUUCCAGAUCAUAUUAAAUCUCGUUUUCCUCAUAUUCACCGAAAUCUCAAGACAAAUAUUAAUAGAUUAUCAACACACUACGACGUCUUUGAAACACUGAAAGACAUUAUGAAUGCCGAUUUUACAGAGAAACCUUCCAUAGACACCCUUAACAUCCCAAGGGGUAUCAGUUUGUUGCGAGAAAUUCCCACUGAAAGGAGUUGUAAAAACGCAGACAUUUCUGAACAUUAUUGUCCGUGUUACUCAUCCAAGGGACUGUCUGCACAAGACGAAAGAGUUCGUACAGUUGCUCAGUUCGUUGUUGACCGUAUCAAUACAAUUCUACAAGAGAUCCCGGGAAGGUGCGCCAAACUUUCUCUGGGCACUAUAGAGCAGGCCUCUCUGGUGUAUGCUGAUAUGGAGCGAGACGCAGACGCUGAGAGCUAUUUCUCAUUUAGGAGUUAUUUAUGGAAAAUUGAGGAGAAAACUCGAAUUCUUGUCACCCUAAAAACAAGUCCUGGUGGAGCUAAGUUUGAAACUACAGUUGAAUAUCGUGCUAGAAAAAACAUAAAACUUUUAGGAGAUAUAAAUAGGACUAACAAGUAUGGCGAUCAAGCUAAAUGUAUCAAGUAUCAUGAGAAAUUUUAUAGAUUAUACUGCCUAUGUCUGUAGUCUUUAACAUAGUUAUUUGCAGUCUUAUAUUGCUGAAUUUUUUAACCAAUUUAAUUUGCAAAAACAAAUAAUGUACAUGUGUUAACACAAAACAGUUGAUAUGUUUAUGACAAUCUGGUAUCAUCGUAACGUCCUAAUUGCGGAAAAUGAAAGAAAUGUGUGUUUUUCAUGUUGUAGCCCUAAAAAUCAAAACAUCGUGUGUAUUGAAUUGUUCAGUUUUAUGAAACGUUAUAAAAGAAAUCUGUGCUGUAA